CAUCUAGUUUUCAUGACUGUCAUGGAAACGCUUUAUCAAUAGCAAGUUGUCAUAUGCACGAGGCACAAAUGGAUUGUCCAAAUGCGAGCGGAAAAUUCGAAAGUGCUUUAAAAACGUCCGAUUACUAUCGCACUUGUAAGUUACCGAAAAGAUUUGAGUAUCCUUCGUGGUUCUAUGGAUAUGGACUUCAACGUAAACCGCCGGAACAUCCAUUGUAUAGAACCACCACAAGUGAGUACGGCAGACAUCCGCCUACUGUGCAUACCAUUCCUACGUCAUACUAUCCUAAUAACCAGGAAUUUACGAAAGCGUUAGCUAAAGCAGGCAACUACAGAAAUUACUCGUUAAAUACCGGAAUGGAUAGAAGCAUCGUUUAAAUUACAAAAUUCUCCGGCUUUGACACCUCGUUUGCCAUUUACAUGUUUAUUAUAGUAGGAUUAUUAUACACCAAAUAUACAAUUAUAUAUUACAGUUUUGUAAGGCCU